AUAAAUCCAAGCAUAAAUCGCAGAGCGCUUAAAACUUGCAAUUAAUAAAAGAAAAAAAAAAACGUAUUCAUGUACAUGUAAUAAAAAGUGCAUUAAGCGUUGAUAAAAAGUGCGUGCUAAUUGAAAAGUUUAAAGAACAUUUACUGCAUAAUUUAUAUACACAUUGGCCAGAAGACACUGUGUCCACAAUUUCUUGGCAACAUGUUGAGUCAAUUCUACACGAUACUCACAACUCUGCUCAUAUUGGAGACGUUGACAACUCUGGCGCUGAGCAGCGAUGGCAAUGUCGGCAGCGUUGGCGGCUCCACGGUCAACAAUGUCAUCCAGGAGGAUCCCGAGUUCACGGACGUCAUUGAUAAUAUAACAGUACCGGCAGGACGAAAUGUCAAAUUGGCCUGCUCUGUUAAGAAUUUGGGCUCGUACAAGGUGGCGUGGAUGCACUUUGAGCAGUCGGCCAUUUUGACGGUGCAUAAUCAUGUGAUAACGCGCAAUCCGAGGAUUAGCGUAACGCACGAUAAGCACGACAAGCAUCGCACCUGGUUUCUGCACAUUAACAAUGUGCAGGAGGAGGACAUGGGACGGUAUAUGUGCCAAAUCAACACGGUGACAGCCAAAACCCAAUAUGGCUUUGUCAAAGUUGUCGUGCCGCCAAACAUUGACGAUGCGCUGACCUCCAGUGAUGUUAUUGUGCGCGAGGGCGACAAUGUCACCCUGCGCUGCAAGGCGAAAGGCAGCCCCGAGCCAUCCAUCAAAUGGAAACGAGAUGACAACCAUAAAAUAGUCAUCAACAAGACGCUCGAAGUGAACGACCUGGAGACAGACUCCUUGGAACUGGAACGCAUCUCUCGCCUCCACAUGGGCGCUUAUCUCUGCAUUGCCUCGAAUGGUGUGCCGCCCAGCGUCUCAAAGCGCAUUAAAGUCAGCGUCGACUUUUCGCCCAUGGUCUGGAUACCGCAUCAGCUGGUGGGCAUUCCCAUGGGCUUCAAUGUUACGUUGGAGUGCUUCAUCGAGGCCAAUCCCACAUCGCUCAAUUAUUGGACGCGCGAGAAUGAACAAAUGAUCACCGAGUCGUCCAAGUACAAAACCGAAACGAUUCCGGGCAAUCCAUCGUACAAGGCGACAAUGCGGCUGACGAUUACCAAUGUACAGGGCAGCGAUUAUGGCAACUACAAAUGUGUCGCCAAAAAUCCUCGUGGCGACAUGGAUGGCAACAUAAAGCUCUACAUGUCCAGUCCGCCAACCACACAGCCGCCGCCCACAACAACCACAUUGCCGACAACAACAACAACGAUUAACUUUCCCUAUGACGGAAACACACCCUUCAAUGGCUUCGGUGGGGAUGUGCCCACGAACUCGGUGAUUGUGAUUGAUAAAUUGGGCAUUAAGUACCAGUCGAAUUUAAAUGAGAUCGGCAAAUCCGAACAGAAGCUAAUGGGCAGCAAUCAGGAGGGCUAUGACUGGUCAAAGGGCAAGGCCAGUGCUGGGCUAAGCGCGCGCUCUGUUUGUUGUUGGCUGCUGACGCUUCUCUCGCUGCUGGCAAUGCAUUCGCAACAUUAAAACGUAAAGCAAACUGUAUUUAAAAGUGCCAUUAAAAGAACCGAAAAAUGAAAAUUUAAAGAAAUAACCAAAAGAACAAAACACAGCCAAGCUAAACUAACAACAUGCAGCACACAUUGCAACAAAAAAACAAACAAAAAAUAACAACAAAUAGUUAAUUAAGCAAUUAGCCAAGUGCAAUGCGGUUCAAUUUCUGUCUGCCCUGCCCAGCCCAUUCCCAAAUCGAAAUAGCCUGAAAACACAAACAGCUUGAGCCAGUAAAUUGAUCAACUGAACACAUGCUCUUUCGCCCUAUAUUCGAUUGCCUCUUAUAUCAGAUAAUUCAAUAUCUAUUUGCAACAAUUUCAUGUAAUGUAUGUAACAUAUGUGUGUAUGUAUUUCUCAAAUUUAGUUUCAUUUGGUUCGGUUUCAUUAGGUGUAACUACUUUACUUUUGCUGUGCCGUGUAAUACUUUCCACAAUUAUUCCAGAAAUUUUACUAUCAACAACUAAUUUGACUUUACUCGAAAACUUUUUAAUAGAAGCGCCUUUGCAAGGCCUGGCAGGAAAGUGCACUAAAAUUGUGUUGCCAACCAAAUGAUAAAAUAAGCUAAAACAUAUGAUUUAUGUUUUAUUGCAUAAGAAAAAAAUUAAAAAAUAAUAAAAAUAAUAAA